AAAUUACAACAGUGGAAGGUGUUUUACGACGCGUGAUCAAUGGUCUCAAUCAGGAUCAGUUGCAGAGACGUGAAACUGAUCCGGAAAAUGCUGAAAAAAUUGAUCGAUUUAUUGAAAAAAUUGAAAAUUUAUUAAAUUUACAGGAUGUUUUUACAUUGAGAAUCAGAGAUGUAUCGGGUAAUAGUUUUGUGCAAAAUCCGAAUCCGCUGCAUGUUGAUGAGCAAUGCGUUAUAGUACGAUUCAGCAGAAAUCUCGCUGAUAACAAACUUCUCGGUCUUGUGGAGGACGACGCUGAAAAUGAAGCAUGUUGUUAUAAUCGAAAAACGAAUUUGAUAAACACAGGAAUUUGA